AUGGUUGGAAGAAGCGUAACACCCACGCCAACUUUUGCUGAUGCGCUUUCAUACGUAAGGUCUGUGAAGGAAGCCUUCCAUGAUGAACCUGCAAAAUAUCGAGAGUUUCUCAAGCUCAUGAAGGAUUAUAGACAUAGUCGUGGAGUUGAUGCCAAUAGUGUCUUUGCAAGGGUGGAGGCACUCCUUAAAGAUCACCGGAAUCUGCUUCUUGGUUUCAGUGUCUUCCUUCCAGCUGGGACUACGAUAACCAUCCCUCCCGAGCCUGACAAAGCAAGAAGCACAUCAGUUAAGGAAGAUUUGAAUUCAUACCUUACUGCUGUGAAGAAAGCCUUUCGUGAUAACCCUCUCAAAUAUUACGUGUUUUUCAAGCACUUUUGUGAUCUUAGACGUGAUAGGUAUGAUGUAAUUGAUAUUGCUGAUGGCAUUGAGUACUUGGAGGAGCUCCUGAAAGAUCACCAGAGUCUGUUUCUUCGCUUAAUAGCCUUCCUUCCAGCUGAGACUCAGAGACUCCUCCAUCAGCGGAAUGCAUCUGAUGAUAACAAAAGAAAACGUGUAAAGAGUUUUAUUGGCAAGCUUAAGGCAAGGUUUCAGCUUCAGGAGGAUGGUCGUCAUGUAUACGAGUCAUUUCUUGAGAUAAUGAAAGUGUACCAAGAAGGAAACAAGUCCGUAAAGGAGUUGUACAAGGAGGUAGGGUUCUUGAGUGAGACACACUUGGUCAUUUCACUUGUUCAGGGUCAUGAAGAUUUAAUCACGGAGUUUUCAGAAAUUUUCAAGAACCACUAA